AUGUCUUGUCAACUACUCAAACUCGCGCGUGCCCAGUCGCCCGAAAAGCUCAUCAAAAUGGCUUUCGAAGUUCUUCCCGAGUGCACUUUACAAGCUGUCUUCGGCACAUUACACCCGAAACAACAUCGCAUUUUGGAGCAACAGCGUCGUCGCAAAGUAUCUCUGCACUGUCUAGCAGACACACUAUACUACCACCAGGGCGCCCAACUCUCUCGCCUCGGACGCUGGAACGACAUGACGAUACUGCAAAUGCAGCAUGAACUCGCCAAAAGGGGCAAGCUCGAGGAGGGCGAAGCGACGACCCUAAGCGAAUGGAAAUUGAGACUCCGCCUGGUCUGCCUUGUGACAGCAGAGAAGGAGGCAUGGGGAAAGGCUGCAAGUGCAAGGCUCGAGAAGCGGACCGAAAACAAGAAAGCAUGGGCAGCUCAAUUAGCGGUAUAUGAUGAGAUCGACAAGGAUCUGUCAGAGGGCGCUUUGGUGGAAGCGGAGCAACAUGUGAUCUGCUGA